UAUUAUUAUUAUUAUAACAAAAAUCAAAGGUCGAUAAGCUUUUUUUCUUGUUUGUUGUUGGUUUUUUAAAUAUUUUGAACGUGUCAACAAACGACUUAUUUUAAGUCAUAACAUGUUGAUUUAGUGCGUAAUGAUCUGGGAAACGACGAGCGUCAGAACUGUACGAAAUAAAUAGCACGGCCAUCGCGCUUCAAUAAAUUCAGUGUGCCGCUAUAGCUGUCAAAAUAAAAGAUUAAAAUAACAAAUGCACUGCUGCAUUAUGGGAUACUCUUCACAGAUCUGUGAUAAGAUAUUCCAGGUAUUGCCUGUCACAUAUUCUGUUGACUGGAAGAGAAUCCUCUGUGUUUGUGUGUGUGUGAGAUCUGACCUGGAUUGGGUCGGAGGCCUGCCGUGUUCCCAUGCUUCCCUGUAUUAUAAAUCAUCUCCAGAGACGCAGCAGCUCUCUCCUGUUACAGUCCUGACGGAGCCGCGCCUGCUCUCACACUGCUGUGUCACACACACAAAGGCAGAAGCUGUUUUCUCUCCACUAUAUUAUUACUCAUGAUAUUCUGGCCUAAUGAGGUCGCAGAGAAUGGAGAGAGAAAAAAAUCCCAAGUCCCAGCGGUCAAAUACACACAAACACGCUCGCGCAGGUGCGGGUAUAUAAGUGCAGGUGGUCAGAACAUUAGAGAUUUUUUUCACACACUUGGAGUGAAGAAGAGUGAAGAUGCUGCUUCACUGGAACAUGGACAUGAGGAGUAUCGUGGGGGUGUUGGUGUGUUUGUCUUUUGGCCAGUGUGUUUUACUUCCUGAACUCCGUGCAACAGAUUUGGGGUUAUUGCCCACUGACAACGGGACGCAGGGACAAACUGGACAAACGGGAUAUGCUGAGCCUGAUUUGUCCUAUUGUCAGAUGAUUCUGGAAGCUCCGGUUCCACCCACAGCGGACCAAGUACCCUGGUUCUGCAUCUGCUCCGCUUGCUCCGGAAACCAAGGCCAGAAAGGAGACAGAGGCGAUCGCGGGCUGCCAGGAAUUCCUGGUAGUCCAGGUCCAAGAGGCCUCACUGGGUUUCCUGGCCGUCCAGGAUUCACAGGACGUCCCGGCAUCAAGGGUGAGAAAGGUGACAUUGGAGAUAAGGGUGACGUUGGUUAUCCUGGAGUUUCAGGGCCGAAGGGAGACAGGGGAUAUAAAGGUGAGAAGGGAGACCGUGGUCUUGAUGGUCCUUCGGGAGACCAGGGUCCAAAAGGAGAAGAUGGCCAGUGCCCAGAAACCUGUGAGCCUUUACCAGGGCCAGCUGGUGAGCCGGGUCUUCCCGGUCCUGCAGGUGCACGGGGAUUACCUGGGCUGAACGGAGACCCUGGUGCCAAAGGGAUGAAGGGCGAUCCGGGUGUGUCGGGGGAUCCUGGCAUUCAAGGUGUACCAGGGCAAAAGGGUGACCAAGGUCCACAGGGCCUGUGCAAUUGUAAGGAUGGGGCUCCAGGAGCUCAGGGUCAAACAGGUCAAAAGGGUACAAAGGGAGACCAGGGUACAACAGGGACAACGGGUCAAACUGGACCCACAGGACCUAAAGGUGCUCAGGGAGACAUUGGAAUGACUGGUAUGCCCGGACCUUGUUCACCCACCGUGCAAUCUGGUUUCUCUGCUGCUUUGCUCACCUCCUAUCCUACACCAAGCCGCCCGGUGCCUUUCAAGCGAAUCGUGCUUAAUUUAAACCAGAACUACAACCCUGAUAACGGCGUCUUCACUGCCCCGGUUAACGGAACCUACGUGUUUAGCUACCAUCUGCAGGUGUCCACCCGUAUGCUAAAGGUUGGACUCUUCCACAACUUCGAGGCCGUGGUGAGGACAACUACGCCAGUGGAAAUGAACACCGCCUCUCAACAGGUGGUGAUGAGUCUGAGCCAGGGUGACUGGGUGUGGGUGCAGGUGAAAGACACCACAACUAAUGGCAUGUUCACGGGCAGCGAGGCCAGCAGCACAUUCAGCGGGUUUUUGUUGUACCCAGACAAAUGUGAUGACAUGUUUGGAAGAGAUGUCCCUGAUUUCUUUGGACGGCAGUUCCCUGAAGGUGAUCUUCCCUGGGCAAAGUAAUAAAGACCCACAUGUAUAUCUUACCCUCUUACCCGACACCCUAAACCCCUAACCAACCCCUACAUUCUAAACCACCACCUACAACCCAGAAAAGGGGCAGCCAAUCAAGCCCGUUGAGGGCUACCAUCCUGCAGAUUUUAGCUCCAGCCAUAUUCAAAGACAACAGCUAAUCAAGGUGCUCUGGAUUACGUCAAAGUAGCAGACAAGUGUGUUGAAGCAGGUCUGGAACUGAAGAAUGCAGGAAGGUAGCUCUCCAAAAGCAGGGUUGGAGACCCUUGGACUUAGACCCUAAACUCUUAGCCUAUACCCUGAAAUAUACCAUUAUAACCCAAACUCUUAACUUACGCCCUUUUAAACUUAAACUUUACAAGUUCACUAGAGCUAUGCCCAGCAUUCUAAACCUUCACCCAAACUUUUAUCUACGGCCAAGACCUAAACCAACAUUCUAAACCUAAACAUUAAAUGACUCUCUAGACCUGCACCCUAAUCUUCUAACCUACACCCAGACUUUUAUCUACACCCUAGACCUACACCCAACAUCCUAAAUCUUCGCCCAAACUUUUAUCUAUGUCCUAGACCUAUCUACAUCCAACAUUCUAAACCCAAACAUUAAUCGCCCAAACUUUUAGCUAUGUAAAAAGUCUUCGCCCAAACUUUUAUCUAUGUCCUAGACCUAUCUACAUCCAACAUGCUAAACCCAAACAUUAAUUGACUCCCUAUUGUACCAUAAUCUGUUAACCUACACCCAAACUUUUAUCUACACUCUAGACCUACCUACAACCAACAUUCUAAUCUACAUCAACUCCCUAAACUGUUAACCUACACCCAAAUUCUAAGUCUUAACCCAAACAUUUAAUUACACCCUAAACCUAACCUUUUAUGAACUCCCUGGACCUGCACCCAAAUGUAAUCUACACCCAACAUUUUAACUUUUACCCACACUCUCCAACUCUUAACCAAACCUCUAAAAUGAUCCAUUUCUCAACCUCAACCCCAAAAUAUGAACCUGUAUAGAUUCUAUAAUAUCCCAGAUUACAUGUAGAUUCUAUUUUAAGACACUUUAUGUAGUUUGAAUGUAGCAGCAAACCUUUGUCUGAAAGCAGAGCGUUUGGAAUGAAUUAGUUCUCCAGGUGGAUAUGUGCGGUGUUUAUUUACAGUGCAUGUCCCGUAACUUGAUUAGCUGCAUUAUGACCCAACAAUGCACAGUGAGGUGGAUCAGGCGGGAGGUUGCUCCCUUGACAGGCAUGUUUUCAGCCGGAUGUUUGUAAAGAAUGAAAAAUGAGCAGGAACACACCAAUCAGCUGUUUAAUCAUCCUUCCAGCUAUUCAGUGGACACACACUGUGAAUAAGAGUGAAAAUGAGAACGAGAACAGGAAAACUGGGUGGGCCUGAGCAUGUAUGUGUGUGAAGCAUUCGAGAGGUACAAGAAAGAGAGGUGUUAUCUUACACACUUGAAGUGUUAAACACCUCAUUGAGCGAGAAAGAGAGCCUAUUUACUUCGGGCUUAUAUCUUUUGAUCGUGGAUUAUUCAGCCACACAAUAGCAUGUCGGGAAACCUCUUAUGGUGUUGCCUAUGUGGGUCCGGGGAAGAGGGGGGCCACCCAAAAAGACGUCCUGGGUGCUGUGAAUUUUAACAGUGACCGUGUAACAAUAUGACACAGCACAACAUGUUCGUGCUCAUGUUCUGUGUAUUGAUUACCCCUAUGUUUCCAAUAAAUUGUAAACUAUUAAUCCGA